AUGAGGGAGGUCUCCAAGUGCACCCCGGCCUGUCAGCAAGUCUACAACCUGUUCCACCCAGCAGACCCAGCAGCAUUCCGACUGGAACCCCUCCUGAUCACGGAGUUCCAACACAUCCCACCCUUCCUCAUUCCCAGGUACCAGAAAUUCCCACUGGGAGACGGAAACUCCUCACUGCUUGCGGACACUCUGCAGUGUUACCCCUCCUUGUUCUCGGGAGUACCGGAGCCGAGUUCCCCCACCUCCCGGACCCCUGCCCAGAGGGACCCCUGGAAAGGCAGCGAUCAGUUCCCAGGACCCGGCAGCUCAGCGUCACCCACCGAGAGCCCCCCGGCUUGUGAUGUGGCCAAGGUGGUUGAGAGGUGGUGGGGUUGGAAGAGGAUUGAUUACGCUCUGUACUGUCCUGAUGGUCUCACGGCCUUCCCCACCGUCACCCUCCCACAUCUCUUCCACGCCAGCUACUGGGAAUCCACCGAUGUCGUAGCAUUUCUACUACGCCAGGUGAUGAAGCAGCCGACGGUGGAGUUGGAAGACAGUGACUUGGAGGUCUCAGACUACUCCCCACCGCUGCCUCAGGGCAAGUGGCUACGCAGACGGACACAAGUCAAAAUCCGGAACGUAGCAGCCAAUCACAGAGCCGGUGACCUGGUGGUGGCUCUCGGUGCCCGUCAGGUAUUGGUCGGGAAAUUUGCCUACGGCCCCCUGGAUGUGGUUACCCUGACCGGAGAGCAGGUCGAUAUCUACAUUCUAACCCAGCCUCCCUCGGGCAAAUGGCUCCACUUUGGGACAGAGAUCACCAGCAACAGUGGGAGGGUCUCGUGUACAAUCCCCCCAGAGAGACGCCUACCCAUCGGGGUCUAUCCCGUUCGGAUGUUUGUCAGGGGCGACCAUACCUAUGCUGAAAGUUUCCUGACGGUGCUGCCGAAGGGGACGGAGUGUGUGGUGUUCAGUAUUGACGGUUCCUUUGCUGCCAGUGUUUCCAUCAUGGGCAGUGACCCCAAAGUCCGCGCUGGAGCUGUCGAUGUGGUCAGGCACUGGCAGGACCGGGGUUACCUGAUCGUGUAUGUGACCGGGCGCCCGGACAUGCAGAAACAUAAGGUGGUCGCCUGGCUGACCCAGCACAACUUCCCCCACGGGGUGGUCUCCUUCUGCGACGGCCUGGUCCAUGACCCACUGCGACAGAAGGCAGCGUUCCUCCAGACUCUGGUCUACGAGGUGCAGGUGAGGAUUGAAGCAGCCUAUGGAUCUAACAAGGACGUCUCCAUCUACAGCCUCCUCCAGGUCCCAGCCCAGCACAUCUACAUCGUCGGGAGACCCUCCCGGAAACAGGCCGGGCAGUGCCAGUUCCUCAGCGAAGGUUAUACCACACACCUGGCCCAGUUGGAAAGCUGGAGGGCGAAGGGCAGCUUUGGGGGCGCGGGCAGGGGUCACGUCCCGAGGGCACCCACCUACCCACGGCCCUCAGGGACCCCCGGCCGCUGCUGCUCGGAGCGUGGGGUGUCGUCGGGGGGCAGAGAGCGAGAGCGGGCCAGGAAACCGCGCAGCAUCAGCCUCCGCUUCGAAGGCGAUCCCUGAGCCUUGGGGCCGGGGAGGGAGCGAGGGGCCGGGGAGGGAGUGAGGGGCCGAGGGAGGGGGUUGGAAGCUGGAGGAGCAGGCGGUGCCAGGGGCUCUCACCUCCCCCCCCCUCCCCCCAACCUCUCGUGGUAGGCACCUGGCUGUGAUGUUGCCAAGCCCUUGGCUGACUGAUGGCGCGGUCUAACCACACUCUUCUCCGGCCCACCUCGGACAGUUACCGGGCUGCCCCACGGCAACACACUCCCACUCGGAGAAUCAAAACCACAGGGAUCGGAGGUCGCUGCAAAUCAGAAACCCAACCCAGAAACUGCUGGAAAAGCUCAGCAGCAUCCGCAGAGAGAAAUCAGAGCCCACGACCCGGAUCCAGUAAUCCCUCCUCCGAACUGAUGGUCGGUGUGAAACGCAGGCGCCAGGGUGGAGGAGAUGGGUGGGCCGAGAGCCCUAAGGGAGAGGGAGAAGUGUCCUGGCUCGGUUUGCAGACGAUACAAAGGUCCGUGGAGGGUCGGGGGGGCGUUGAGGAGGCUGCUGAAGGAUUGGGACGGGUGAGCAGAUGGGGUACGACGUGGGAAUGUGUCCGUUGUUCGGAGGAAUAGAGGUCACUUUCGAAACGGAGAAAAUUCUGAAGGACAGAGAGACUUGGUCAGGAUUCUCUCGAGGUAAAUGUGCAGGUCGAUUCCGUUCCCCUACAGCGUGGAAACAGGCCCUUCGGCCCAACCCUCCCAUCCCGACCCUCCGAAGAGUAGCCCACCCAGACCCUUCUCCCUCUGACUCAUGCACCUAACACUCUGGGCAGUUACCCGUGGCCGGCUCACCCUGACCUGCGCGUCUUUGGCCUGUGGGAGGGAACCGGAGCAAACCCACGCAGACACGGGGAGAACGUGCGAACCCCACGCAGACAGUCGCCCCGAGGCUGGGAUCGAACCCGGGACCGGGAGGCAGCCGUGCCCACCGCUGAGACACUGUGCUGCCUGAAACGCACAGAGGACCCAGUGAGAUCCGAACCCGCGACCUCUGGUUUACAAGCCCAGUCAGCGGUGAGGAAGGCAGACGCAGCGUUGAACGGGUUGAAUUGGAAGCACACUAGCUUUCGGAGCGACGCUCCGUCAUCAGGAGAUGGUGUGUUAGGAACGAGCCCUCCACUAACCCCUGAUGAAGGAGCGUCGCUCCGACAGCUAGUGUGCUUCCAAUUCAACCUGUCGGACUCUAACCCGGUGUGGUGGGAUUUAUAACUUUGUCCACCUCAGUCCAACACCGGCAUCUCCAAAUGCAACGUUGUCACUGAUCAAGGGAGGACUUGAAUAUAAAAGCAGAGGGGGGGGGGCUCUAUAAGUCUCUGGUCAGACCACCUGUGGAGUAUUGUGUGCAGUUUUGGGUCCCCUAUCUCAGGAAGGAUGCACGGGCCCUGGAGUGUGUUCAGAGGAGGUUCCCGGGAAUGGUCCCAGGAACGAAAAGACCUAACGCACGAGGAACGUUUGAGGACUCGGGGGAUCUCGUUGAAACAUGCAGAAUACUGAAUGGUCCGGACAGAGUGGAGGCUGGGAGGAUGUUCCUACUGGGAGGAGAGACCAGUUCCCGAGGGGAAAGGGAGGGACUCUCAGAACAGAGGUCAGUGGGCGGCACGGUUGUUAGCGCUGCUGCCUCACAGCGCCAGGGACCCAGGUUCAAUCCCACCCUCGGGGCGACUGUCUGUGUGGAGUUUGCACAUUCUCCCCGUGUCUGCGUGGGUUUGCUCCGGGUUCCUCCCACGGUCCGAAGAUGGUUAGGUGAAUUGGCCACGCUCAAUUGCCCACAGCGUUAGGUAAAUGUGGACGAACGGGUUGCUGUUUGGAGGGUCGGUGUGGACUGGUCGGGCCGAAGGGCCUGUUUCCACACUGUGAGAGAGUGGGGAAAUCACUGAAUGUCACUGCCCAGGUCAUUAAGAUGGAGAUAGGUAACGUUCCUGAGUAUUGAGGGGAUCAAGGGUUACAGGGAGACAGUGGGAGGAUGGGGUGGAGAAACGUAGCAGCCAUGAUUGAAUGAUGGGCUGAAUGGCCUCAUUGCUGUUCCUCGGCCGAAAGGUGCAAGACUGAUUCACCCGCCGGACCAGAUGGUUAUCCACUCCUUCCUCUGUCCCCACCCAACGCUGUCGUCUGCAUUCCCAACUUCUCAGCCCCAUCAGUUCCCAGGGACGGUCGCUGCACUGGGAAUGUGAGCUCUGGUUUCUGUUGGCAGAUGCUGCCAGACCUGCUGAGUUUUUCCAGCAGUACUUGUUGGCGGCAUUCAGCUCAGCACAGGCAACUCGUCCAUGGGCUCUGACCUGUCACCUCUCGCUGCACGUGACCGCCAUCACUGACCCUGGCCUCCUCAGGGUGGGGGCACUGCUGCCUCACAGCACCAGGGUCCCAGGUUCGAUUCCGGCCUCGGGCGACUGGCUGUGUGGAGGGUGUGCGUUCUCCCCGUGUCUGCGUGGGUUUGCUCCGGGUGCUCCGGUUUCCUCCCAUAGUGCCCAGGGAUGUGCAGCUGAGGGUGGAUUAGCCAUGGGAAAUUGUCCCAUAGUGCCCAGGGAUGUGCAGGUUAGGGUGGAUUGGCCAUGGGAAAUUGUCCCAUAAUGCCCAGGGGUGUGCAGGUUAGGGUGGGAUUGGCCAUGGGAAAUUGUCCCAUAGUGCCCAGGGAUGUGCAGGUUAGGGUGG